AGCUUCGACGCAGGAGGCGGGGCUGCUCAGUCCUCGAGGCGUCGGUGCUUCGCAGAGUUGGAAUCUUGUUGCUUGCUUUCCUGUGCGCGCGUGCGCGGACAUGGCAUCAAACGAUUAUACUCAACAAGCAACCCAAAGCUAUGGGGCCUACCCCACCCAGCCCGGGCAGGGCUAUUCCCAGCAGAGCAGUCAGCCCUACGGACAGCAGAGUUACAGUGGUUAUGGGCAGUCUACAGAUACUUCAGGCUAUGGCCAGAGCAGCUAUGGUUCUUCUUACGGCCAGACCCAGAACACAGGCUAUGGCACUCAGUCAGCUCCCCAGGGAUAUGGCUCAACUGGUGGCUAUGGCAGUAGCCAGAGCUCCCAAUCAUCUUACGGGCAGCAGUCCUCUUACCCUGGCUAUGGCCAGCAGCCAGCUCCCAGCAGCACCUCGGGAAGUUACGGGAGCAGUUCUCAGAGCAGCAGCUAUGGGCAGCCCCCCCAGAGUAGCGGCUAUGGCCAGCAGUCUGGCUAUGGUGGACAGCCGCAAACCUACGGACAGCAGCAAAGCUCCUAUAAUCCGCCUCAGGGCUAUGGACAGCAGAACCAGUACAACAGCAGCAGCGGCAGCAGCAGUGGUGGUGGAGGAGGUGGGGGUGGAGGUAACUAUGGCCAAGAUCAGUCCUCCAUGAGUAGUGGUAGCAGCGGCGGCGGCGGUGGUGGUGGUGGUUAUGGCAAUCAAGACCAGAGCGGUGGAGGCAGUGGUGGCUACGGACAGCAGGACCGUGGAGGCCGUGGCAGGGGUGGCGGCGGUGGUGGCGGUUACAACCGCAGCAGUGGUGGCUAUGAACCCAGAGGUCGUGGAGGUGGCCGUGGAGGCAGAGGCGGCAUGGGCGGAAGUGACCGUGGUGGCUUCAAUAAAUUUGGUGGCCCUCGGGACCAAGGAUCACGUCAUGACUCCGAACAGGAUAAUUCAGACAACAACACCAUCUUCGUACAAGGCCUGGGCGAGAAUGUUACAAUUGAGUCUGUGGCUGAUUACUUCAAGCAGAUCGGUAUUAUUAAGACAAACAAGAAAACGGGACAGCCCAUGAUUAAUUUGUACACAGACAGGGAAACUGGCAAGCUGAAGGGAGAGGCAACGGUCUCUUUUGAUGACCCACCUUCUGCUAAAGCAGCUAUUGACUGGUUUGAUGGUAAAGAAUUCUCUGGAAAUCCUAUCAAGGUCUCAUUUGCUACUCGCCGGGCAGACUUUAAUCGAGGUGGUGGCAAUGGUCGUGGAGGCCGAGGGCGAGGAGGACCCAUGGGCCGUGGAGGCUACGGAGGUGGUGGCAGUGGUGGUGGUGGCCGGGGAGGAUUUCCCAGUGGAGGUGGUGGUGGUGGUGGACAGCAGCGCGCUGGUGACUGGAAGUGUCCUAAUCCCACCUGUGAGAACAUGAACUUCUCUUGGAGGAAUGAAUGCAACCAGUGUAAAGCUCCUAAACCAGAUGGCCCAGGAGGGGGACCAGGCGGCUCUCAUAUGGGGGGUAACUACGGAGAUGAUCGUCGUGGUGGCAGAGGAGGCUAUGAUCGAGGAGGCUACCGGGGCCGUGGUGGGGACCGUGGAGGCUUCCGAGGGGGCCGGGGUGGUGGGGACAGAGGUGGCUUUGGCCCCGGCAAGAUGGACUCCAGGGGUGAGCACAGACAGGAUCGCAGGGAGAGGCCCUAUUAGCCUGGCUCCCCAGGUUCUGGAACAGCUUUUCUUCCUGUACCCAGUGUUACCCUCGUUAUUUUGUAACCUUCCAACUCCUGAUUACCCCAAGGGGGUUUUUUGUGUCGGACUAUGUAAUUGUAACCAUACCUCUGGUUCCCAUUAAACAUGACCGUUUUAGUUAAA